AUGGCAUUGCUCGCAAGUCACCUCGAGCAGAUAGCUCUAUCCUCAAAGUCCAUUGCGCAAUUGGAGUUUCCUCCUCCCAAGAGCUUCACCAAUGCGCUACUUGGACAACAUGAAAUUACCACUUUAAUUCGUGACACUGAACCACAUGAGCGGGCGUUGUUUUCCAUCGAUCCUAGCGCCAUCAGUAGGUCUACUCAGAGUGGUUCCGCCCGACAUCCUCUUGCUGAAAAUGCCACUCAUGGUCGAAAGAGCAUGCUCCCAUCAGCCCAGCCAGUGAAACAAUCUGCGGUGACCAGGUUGUUAGGAAGUGAAAUGCUACGAGAGAUCAGACAGUCAACUAGCAAUAGUGCACGAUCACAAGAGCGUGUCAAUAUCGAAGUCUUGCUUCGAGGAGCAGAAAAACUAUGUCAGGUCUACACUGUUCCAGGUAUGGCCGACAAAAUCCAACCGCUACGAAAGAGACAUCGAGAUAUCUCAGCAUCCGUGCUCUUGCUUGAAGAGAAGGUUCGACAACAGCAAUCUUUGUCGGAUCGUCGAAACAAAGGCUUAAGUGAGGACGAGACAACUGAUGGAUUUGCGGACGAGGAGUUCAACGCGGACUCGCAAGAUACUGCUACGUUCACUAUGGAAGAUCUUCAAGCCGAAGAAGCCGAAAUUCGAGAGCUCGAAGCCCGAAAGAAGCUCUUAGAAGACCGAAUUUCUGGUAUUGAACGAGAUCUUGGUGGUCUAAGGUAG